AAUUGGGUGGCUACAUCGACGAGCACAGUUACCCAGCUGGCCUGCCUGAGAUCUCCUCUCCUUACUGAAGACAAGGCAGGAGAGAAGGCAAAGAAUGCACAGAGGAGAAGAGAUGUUUCUGUAGCAGGUGAAGAGGGCUUUGCUGUCCUUGGGGUCAUAGAUGAUCGUUUUCAUGACUCAACACCCCAGCAUGAGACCUGCUUUUGGAAGCUUUGUGAGGAGCUAUGAAAAAGAAAAAAUUUGCACUUGAAUCAAAACCCUGGAAUCACCAGCCUCCUACUCUGGAUCCCCAUCAUUCCUUGACCUAACAGAGAGAAGAACAGAGAAAAAUGUGGGAAACAAAUCUUAUGGCAAGAGCCUUGUAUGAUAAUGUUCCUGAGUGUGCAGAAGAGUUGGCAUUCCGCAAAGGAGAUAUACUGACUGUGAUUGAGCAAAAUACUGGUGGGCUGGAAGGAUGGUGGCUCUGCUCUUUACAUGGAAGGCAAGGCAUUGUACCAGGCAACCGGGUGAAGCUUCUGAUUGGUCCACUACAGGAGAGUUCCUCCAAUCAGGACCAGCCCUCUUCUGGACUAAUGCACCAGAGUUUUGGCCCACAGAAAGUCUAUCAAGUGCCACACUCACAGGCUUCAUCUCGGGAUGCUGUCUACCAAGUACCACCAUCCUAUCAGAAUCAGGGAAUUUACCAAGUACCUACAGGCCAUAGUACUAUAGAGCAAGAUGUAUACCAGGUGCCACCAUCAGUACAGAGAAGCAUUGGUGGGACCAAUGGUUCCCAUUUAAGUAAAAAGGUGAUCACCCCCGUAAGAACAGGCCAUGGGUAUGCGUAUGAGUUCCCAUCCAAGUACCAGAAGGAUACUUACGAUAUACCUCCAUCUCAUCCAGUCCAAGGGGUUUAUGACAUCCCCCCAACAUCACUGAAGGGCACAGCAUUCUCAGCUCCAAUGGGAGAGAUGAAACCUUCAGGGGUAUAUGACAUCCCUCCUGUGAAAGGAGUUUAUGCCAUUCCACCUGCUUCCCGAGAUGAAGUAGGAUUAAGAGAAAAGGAAUAUGAUUUCCCUCCUCCUAUGAGACAACACCUAAGACCAGAAGUCAGACCUGAGGGGGUUUAUGACAUUCCUCCGACAAGUUCCAAGGCAGUAGGGAAGGACCUUAACGUAAAAUACAACUGUGAUGCUUCAGGAGCUGCUGAGCAGGUAUCUCAGAAACACCAAAGCAUUCUUCAAAACCACCAGCACACGCACCUUGGACAACCUGCAGCCUCUCAGAAUGAUGCGUACGACAUCCCGCGAGGAGUUCAGUUUCUUGAGCCACAGCCAGUGGCCAAUGAAAGAUUAAAUGCCGAAGAAAAAGAUGGAGUGUAUGAUGUCCCACCACAGAACACACAGGAGACUAAAGGGUGCCAGGAUGUGACAGAUGGCAUGAAUAGGCUCUCUUUUUCCAGCACAGGCAGUACCAGGAGCAACAUGUCCACCUCCUCCACGACAUCAAAGGAGUCCUCAUUGUCAGCCUCACCAUCUCAGGACAAAAGGUUGUUACUGCUGGAUCCGGACACAGCCAUCGAGAGACUUUAUCGGCUUCAGCAGGCUUUGGAGAUGGUUGUGUCCAGCCUUACCGCGCUGGUCACCACUGAUUGGAGGUGUUACGGCUACAUGGAGCGGCACAUCAACGAGAUCCGCACAGCAGUGGAAAAGGUAGAGCUGUCUUUGAGGGAGUACCUCCAUUUUGCCAAGGGGGCCGUAGCAAAUGCUUCACACCUUCCCGAACUCAGCUUGCACAACAAAAUGAAGCGAGAGCUGCAGAGGGUCGAAGACUCCCACCAGAUUCUGACCCAGACCAGCCAGGACUUGAACGGCUGCAGUUGGUCCUUGAACAUUCUAGCUGUCAAUAAACCUCAAAGCAAGUGCGAUGACCUUGAUCGGUUUGUGAUGGUGGCAAAGACAGUGCCAGAUGACACCAAACAGCUUACUACCACCAUCAGCACCAACGCGGAAAUGCUCUUCCGGUCAGCCCCGGGCAGUGUGCGGCUAAAGAAUGGGUCUGAGAACGUGACCAGUGCAGCUGACCACCUGCACACGGGUCCACAGACCCAGCUGCUCCAUCCCGCUGACCACAAGGCCCAGCCCUAUUGCAAGUCACUGCCCCCAAGUCUAAGCAAGGACCAGCAUCCUGACUGCAAUAGCAACGAUAGCUCUGAGCGGAGCUGGAUGGACGACUAUGAUUACGUCCACCUGCAGGGGAAAGAAGAGUUUGAAAGGCAGCAGAAAGAGCUUUUGGAAAAGGAAAAUAUCAUCAAACAGAACAAGAUGCAGUUGGAACAUCAUCAGAUCAGUCAGUUCCAGCUAUUAGAACAAGAAAUUACCAAGCCUGUGGAGAAUGACAUUUCCAAGUGGAAGCCCUCUCAGAGCCUCCCAGCUACAAAUAGUAGUGUGGGCGCCCAGGACAGACAGCUGCUUUUCUUCUACUAUGACCAAUGUGAUACUCAUUACAUCUCCCUUCUCAAUGCCAUCGAUGCCCUGUUCAGUUGCGUCAGCUCAGCCCAGCCCCCAAGGAUCUUUGUGGCGCAUAGCAAGUUUGUUAUCCUAAGCGCACACAAGCUGGUGUUCAUUGGUGACACGCUAACAAGGCAAGUGGCCUCCCAAGAGAUCCGUAACAAGGUGAUGAACUCUAGUAACCAGCUGUGUGAGCAACUUAAGAACAUCGUGAUGGCCACCAAGAUGGCGGCCCUACAUUACCCAAGCACACCUGCUCUGCAAGAAAUGGUGCACCAAGUCACAGACUUGUCCAGAAAUGCACAGCUGUUCAAGCGUUCAUUGCUGGAGAUGGCGACAUUCUGAGGGGAAGAGGGGAAAAGAGACUGAGGGGGCCGUAGAAUCAAACUGGAAAUACUGUCUGGCUUAUGUAAAUGUUAUCUAUUUUUGUAGAUAUUUUAUAUGAAAUAUUUUAAAUAUGUUUUAUGAAUUAGAGGACGUUUAGACAUUCAGGGAGUUGGAGAGGUAAAAUUGUUAUCACUGUUUGGUUCUUACAUAUACAUUUGUGUAUCUAAGAUAGAUAUAUAUAAACUGUACAUAAAUUUGAUCACGUUCUCAUAUGUGCCUAUGGGAGCAUGUAGAUAUGUAUGUAACACAUUCCAUUUAAAAAAACAUGAAUUAAGAAGCACCUUAUUAUGCAUCUCCAAAGUGCUACAUCUUCACAGAGAACCUACCAGAUGGUUCUGAUGACACUCUACCAUAUGAGGUAGGGACUAGACAUUUUCACUGCAGUGUUUGGGAACCAGACUGUACCCACAAGUCAAUCCCUUAUAAUUAAGAGGACAAUAGUAACUUUCUCUUUCAGUUGAACCCUUUCCAUAAUUUCCCUCCUUUCUCAAUCCUUAUACCAAAAUGCACUGGGUCCUCUGAGCAGGUAGAUUUGGUAAACAACAUUUUUAUAAAAUGUGUGUCAAUACAUGAGCUAUUAUUUAAGGUGCUAAGGAGGAAAAGCAGCUUAGUCAUUAGAGGAGGUAGGAAGAGUGUACUUAGAAGUAAUUUCUGGCUAAGAGCGGGGGGUGGGGGGGUAUUGCUAAGCUGAGAAGAAGCCACAAUAAAGACAAGUCACAUGUUUGCCCACGGAUGUUUCAUCAUUUGCAUUUAUGAAAGAGUCAGCUGUGAGAUUUUCCAAAGGUCUUGUUUAAAUUGAAAAACUCUUUGAGGAGGGACAUAUACUGCAUGUAUGCCUCAAGUUGUAAAUAUCUAUGAAAAUAAAAAUGGUUUCAUGUGCCAUAUGACAGUGGGGAAAUAUCUGACAUGCAGAUUGCAAACUAAUGCUUUGCUGGCUGUCACCCAUUGCCUAGGUGCUACUAUCUAACGAAAAGACUUUUGAACACUAGAUGGUUUCUGGGCCUGGUGACCAUUGAGGUUCACAUCACCUUUGACAAUGGAAGACCUUGCUAAUUUUCCCCAAUGCUCACACACCACCACCAACUCAAACCUAGAACCAAUUUCAGCCUUAGGCCUCCCUCUCUUCCUUCGCUAUAUCUCUGCUGACUAACCUCAGUCUGACCAGUUCCAAUGAGACAAGACACUGAGUCACAGCUUUCAUGCAUGCCAUAGACUGACUAUAAAAUUUAAAUACUGCCAUUACAUCUUUUGGCCAUAAUACAUGCCACAAGUCUGAACAGAUUCACUGAAAAGUGGAGUGGAAAAAAUGGGGGCAAGCAAUGGUUUUAUAAGAGUUUACUGUUAGGUACGCUCAUAUUCUGAAGUCAAGAGGCAUUUAUCUAGGGUAUGUCUAUACAGUGCCUUGUUCAUUCUUUUUAUUCUAGCCUAUGUCAAAGCAUGCUCUUGCCUUGCAAUAUAUGCUUUACUGAAUUAAAUUUGCUUGUUUUGAACAACCAAAAUGUUGGAAUAGCAAAUGGAAUUAAGAAAGACCAUCCAUGAUCAGAAAGAAAUAAGGUGAAUUGUGGAGCUUAUCACAAAAGUACUUUGAAAAAUAGCAUCUGUUGUAAUGUUCACAGUUGUGCUCCAUCAGAAGAAGAGAUGGGACAUUGAAUGGCCAUCUUACAGAUGAAACAAGAGGGGCUGACAUCAACAACUUGAAAAUAAUUAUAACACAAGUAUAUCUUUGUGGACUUUGUUGCUAUAGAUAUGUUGUAUAUUUUUAGGAGGUAACAGGUUUGUACUAAGCUACAUGGUGAUAUAAGUUUUCAAAAGGAAAGCCAAGUUGUUAAAUCAACAUCCUUGUUUUUGCUAUCUUUUAUGUAGAGACUAUUUUUAAAUCAUUAAAUUUUUUAAUCUUUUUUUUAUACCAA